AUGGCGGAAGAUAUGGCGAGUCAUUACCAGGUGAUGGAGGAGUUGGGAAGUGGAAGCUUUGGCACUGUUUACAAGGCAAUUGACAAAACCACUGGAGAGAUUGUUGCAGUGAAACAUAUCGACCUCGAGUCCAGCGAAGAUGAUAUCCAGGAGAUUCAGCAGGAGAUUUCCGUCCUGGCCACCUGUGCCAGCGCGUUCGUUACACAAUACAAGGCAAGCUUCCUUAAGGGGCACAAACUUUGGAUUGUGAUGGAAUACCUGGGAGGAGGAUCAUGCUUGGACUUGUUGAAACCAGGAGUCUUCAACGAAGCGCAUGUCGCAAUCGUGUGCCAACAACUAUUACAAGGUCUCGAUUAUCUCCACAGCGAAGGCAAGAUCCAUCGGGACGUCAAAGCCGCCAAUGUGCUACUCUCAAAUUCCGGAAAGGUCAAAUUGGCGGACUUCGGUGUCGCCGCACAGUUAGUCAAUAUCAAAUCGCAGCGCAAUACCUUCGUCGGCACACCCUUCUGGAUGGCCCCGGAAGUUAUCCAGCAGGCUGGAUACGACUUCAAGGCCGACAUCUGGUCCUUGGGUAUCACCGCGAUCGAAAUGAUCAAUGGAGAGCCUCCCCACGCCAGCACUCAUCCCAUGAAAGUUCUAUUUUUGAUUCCCAAGAACCCGGCUCCUCGAUUGGAAGGCAACGAUUACAGCAAUACCUUCAAAGACUUUAUCGCCCAAUGUUUGACUAAGGACCCAGAUCGCCGGCCCAGCGCGAAGGAGCUCCUGCGCCACAAAUUCAUUCGCAAUGCAGGCAAGACCGAGGCUUUGCAGGAACUAAUCCACCGCAAGCAAGACUGGGACGGUGGUCGAGGAGCUACCAGAGACGUUAAGUACUAUGCCGAAUCACUGAAUACCAUUACCAAGCUCCCUACGGAAGCACACGAUGACGAUGAAGAUUGGGUGUUUGACACAGUCAAAGCACCUAGCAUGUGGGUACCUAAGGGUACUGACUGGUCUACACUGGACGAAGAAUGGGAAGAACAAGAUCCCAGCCAGCUGAUGGAAGACAUGCACAUCGAUAAACCACCUGUUGAAUCAUCGGCCGAAUCACCCGCCCAACCACCUGCACCGCCAAAGCACCAAGCUAAUUCUACCGUUCGUCGAGCAUUGAACGCCGAACGCUCACCAUCCGUUCGCCGAGCCAACACCAAGCGCCGCUCUAGUGGUAUCAAGCAGCCAUUGGGUGUGGAUCUCAGCUACGGCAACACCCCAUCUACCGUGCGCCAAUUCCGUCGUGUCUCGUCGGAUCGAGCUGCGGCUGCCGCAGCCGCCAACAACGAGAACUCGCAAAUUAAGCCCCCGCCUGGGUUUGAUGAAAACACUAGCCCCAAGCCUCUCUCUACCGAUACAUCAACCAAAGAGGGCCAACUUGGCCGACGCGCUUACAGCAGGGCUGUAGGUCUUUCUUGCCAAGAAGUUCUUGCUACCACCGCGGAUGGCGAGAAGCGAGAGGCGAUCGCUCGUUUGGCAGAAGCUUGGAGUGAUCUGGAGAUGGUCGACCCCGAGGGCCUGUACCACAUCGUGCGCAUAAUGAACGAGAGACUUCAAGCCGAUCCUCGCCUGUCUAGUCUUAUCCCCGCACCUGCUCAACCUGCUUCCCCGCAACGCCCACGCCUUGUUAUGGCGCAAAAUAACCCUCACCUCAAAAGCCAUCACCGCCGUCAAUCAAGUGUCGUCGAACCUCAACCUACAUCUCCUCUCUCCAAUCUACCUGGCCAGAACGCGUCUGGCAUGGAACAUACAAAACAAUUGACAGAUGUUCUAUACUCUCGCUGGGCUGAUGGGCUCCGCAACCGCUGGGGAAUCUAG